AUUUAUUUUAAAACCAAAUGAUUCAGAUUCAUUCUCAUAUAAAUAUGUCAUUUUCAUAUAAAUAUGUCAUUCUCAUAUGAUACACCCUCUUAGGUAUAGUAUAUUUUAUGACGAGCUAUUUAUUAUGGUCCUACAAAACUGGAAGGAUCAAGGAUUAGUCUCUACUGUUGCAUGAAGAGUAUACAGGGUUUAUACCAAAAUGAAAAGUUGCUUAAAAUAGUACUAAAAUGAAAAGAAAUAUGAUUUUCCACAAUAAAUUACCUGUCCGUUUAAUUUGGAGAGAAGUUAAUAGAAAUUGAAUUGAGAAGAAAAAACAAAGAAAAUAGAAGGAAGGUUAUAACAGAAAUAUACUAAUAAUAAUAAAUAGGAAAAGGCGAAAGCAAAGAAAUAGCAUAACUAAAUUUAAUCAAUUCCUAUGAUCUUUAGAUAUCUAAUCUGUAUCCUUUUCUUUCACCCCAAAAUCACUCUCCAUUUUUAUACUUUUUAACCGCAAACAAAAACAAACAACAAUACAUGGAGAAAAUGGAGGAUGAAUCUCCCAGGAAUAAAGUCAAAUUCCUCUGCAGUUAUGGCGGGAAGGUUCUUCCCCGACCCUCUGAUGGAGUCCUUAAGUAUGUAGGCGGCGAGACUCGCGUCAUUUGUAUUCCUCGCGAUGUAACUUUCGCAGAUAUGAUGAAGAAGGUGAGUGGCGUGGUUGAUGGCGAGGUGGUGUUGAAGUACCAGGUGAUUCCUGAAGAACUUGAUACAUUGGUGACUGUUAGAACAGAAGAUGAUCUGAAGCACAUGAUUACGGAACUUGAUCGGCACGAGAGUGGUGGAUCGCCAUUGCUUCGCGCGUUUCUAUUUCCAUUGAAGCCGUUGAUAGUUGACAACCAGAGUCAAAUGCAAAUGCAACAAGUAGUCUCGCAUCCACCUCCUGUUGAACCAUAUUUUUUAGAACAGCGUUACCUUGAUGCCAUCAAUGGAAUCGUACGCCAAAGCCCCGGCUCCAAAUAUGCGGCUUUCUCUGCGUGUUCUUCACCAAAAUCAACCUCCCCGGAAGGAUGUACACCCGGGGAAUCGCCCUUCCAUCAUCAAGGUAUGCCGCAGUUACCGAAGGGUAUGGUUUCGAUGCAAAGAGUGAGAAGCUCUCCGAGUUUAUCCAGCCUUACAAGCACCUACAAUAAUACGCAACCGUUACAGCAGCCGCCGCAACCGCAUAAUCAUGGUAUUAGUAGAAGUAGGAGUAGUCAUUAUCAACACCAGCACCACCCUCUUGUUGGACUUAAACCAAUACAAGAAGUAGGGAUGGGAAUGGGGAUGGGAAGAGUAUCUCCAUCUCAGAUGAGUAUGAAUAUGAUGACAGAUAAUAUGAGUAGUAGCAGUAGUAGCAGUAGGGGUAUGAAUUACUAUUACACCAAUGCAAACAGACCCCAUAAAGCUUAUCCAUACCAUGAUGAUUCAGUUGGUCAUGUUGUGGUUGAAAGAGUUCAAUCAGUCCCCAGGAGUCCCAGACCGUACUUAGGUGAAUGACUAUUACUUCAUUCCUCUCCCACUCUUUUCUCAAUUACAUUUUUUCAUUCUUUAGUAUAUAUAUGUACAUUAGAACCAAAGUGUGGUGAGCUCUUGUAAAUCAGUAAUUGUAAAUAAUGUUUUACAAUUUA